GAGUCAGGUUGUUUUUUAUCAUCGCCAUGGCGGAUCAGAAGGAGAAGCAGAUCCAAGAGGCGAAAGCAUUGCAGAAGUCCUUGGAGGAAAUCAGCACUCAGAGAGAAGCUGUGCAGGAAGAGCUGCAAAAGAUGAAAGCGGAGCUUGCUGAACAUCAAGAGCAGGCCACGCAACUUCAAGGUCGUUUGACCACCAUCGACUCGGAGAUGGCUCAAAAGAGCGCCUUGCUGAAGACUAUCCAGGCGGAGAUGUACAAAGCGGAGAAUGAGUACAUGGCUUGCCUUGAGGCACAGCCUUCCUUGGUGCAUGUGAUGAAGCAGAUGUAAUGCCGCUGGCUGUGAUCGGUUUGAAGUGAAGAAUUCAUCCGAAGAAAA